GUGGGGUCUAGCUGGGGACGAGCCUGUCCACGAAAGAGGGCGGGGUCUGGGUACGACCGUUUUGAGAGCUAUAGAUGGACCGAGAGGUCAUUCUGAGGAGGAAUGUGGCGUUCAACGUCAUUUACAGAAGAAUAACCUACUUUUAUCCGAGAUUUGUACAUCCAAUCAUUCGUUGGUUGAUGGAAGUCACGUUUUUACUGUUGGCAAUUUUAACUCUAUCUCUAUGGAGUUAUGUCCAUAUGAAAUAUGUAGUAGAACAAGAAGACUGUCUCACAGAUAUAAAAGAUCGACCAUUCUCUUUUGAUGUUAUUCUACAGGUAGAGGUGUACUCAAAUACCACUGAGCUGUAUUAUUUUGCCAAGAAAUAUUCAUCUCAGUCUACUAAAAAUAUGACCACUAGUACAUUGAAAAUGGAUGGUGAAAACUAUGGCAAGGACACAAAUGCUGCUGAAAGAGAUGGUGAAAGUGACCAGAACAAAAGUGAACAAUUGAGCAUCAAUGUAGAACAUGAUGGAUAUGAACAACUUUCCCUUUUUGAAAUCCUUGAUAUCUAUACUUUGAAGUUGUACUCUGUGGAUUACACUAUUUUGGAGUUUUCUCAGGAACCUGGAUACCUGAGUCUGAGUCAUUCUGCUAGAGCACAUCUUAACAUCACAACGAGGCACCUAUACAUUGAUCCAGAAAAUAACACUUGCUUUGGAGGAGGCUUUGGCCGUUUCAUCACUAAGUAUAUCCUUGGUUAUGAAAUGAUGAUCAUUGCUAGCUUCAAAAACCUUCUACCAGCUAGUCAAGGAUCAGGCUACGUGAAAAAUCUGGUAACAGGAAGCCAUUACUAUUAUCGUGUGCAGUGGAUGGGUAAGUGGAGAUACAUUGCAGGACUACUUCCAACUUUCUUCUUUACAUUGGUAGCUUCAGUACUUCUGAGACAAAUUCAUUACCAUGGAUUCAAAUUUUUGACUCACUUCCACCACCUGCUAAAUGAAGGAAUACCCAUGCCAAUCCAGACAGGGGCACAAGUGCCAUUUCUCAUAAUUACAUAUGCCGCUAUUGGUGAGUACACUAUUGACUAAUGUUGGAAGUGCCUGUUGAUGUCAUUUUAGGCUUGGUGAUUGUAAUGAGUGAGGCUUUAGGUGAUGACAGUGUGUUCUCUCUCUUAAUGGUUUCAACUGUAUGGGAAGCUGACCAAUUUUAUGCAGUAUUUUGUCGACACAAAAUUUCAAGGGCAUACUUUCCUAUGUUUUUCUUUCUAUACCAUACCCUUCCAUAUGCCUAUUUCCUGCGUUUUAAUGGACAAUUCUGGUUCCUACCGUUCCUAUUCCAUUGGCUUCUAAUACAGAAUGCAAUUCUAUUCUUUCUCCAUCAUUUUGAAUUAAAUGCGCAGAAUCAGGCUGUUGAAAAUCCAAUACAGCUAGCAAAUUUCCAGCAACAACACAGAAUGCAGCCUCAACGGCUACCAUUGGAAUUACAGCCUCAAAAUGAAGGACAAAACAUUGGAAGGACUGUGAUGAGAACUCAUGAGGACGAGGAAGACAGGGAAAUAAGUCAAAGAGCCCCAGUUGAAGAAUCCAGAACUUCUGCAGAAGAAAGAAGCACCGUUUUCAUCCCCAGUCUAAGAGAAGGUCAUAUGCCAGCUGUUGAAGUGGUUAAUAGACAAGAUGUUGGAUCGCUAUCACUGACAGAUCCUGAUAGGCAGUGUAUAAGGGAGCGAAGAUUAAUGCACCUUGACAGACAGGGAAAUUUAUGAUACUGUAUGCAGUUUUAGGCAUCAUGUAACAUUUUUCACCAACAUAAUUAUUCACAAACUCUUUAUUGUGCUGGAAAUUUUAAAUAAAAAUAUGGAAACAUAACAAGAAAGUAGUUGCAAACUAUUGUUGACUGUGUUAUUGGACUUCACACCCUGAAACAAUAAGAAGAUAAUAUCUGCAGCAACUAAUAUAUAAACUUGCUUGAUUCUGCUGUUGCUGAUAAGCAGUGGGGGUCUUUUAGUUGUGGUGUAUCAUUCUGUUAAAAACGGACAAUUUGCAUUAUGAAACAAGCUGCCCAG